AUGUUCCCGAGCGGGACCUCCUAUGUGGAGGAGGGCCGCAGCGGACCGGCUCACGACCCCGUCUUCCGGAUCGGUGUUCACGUGAAUGGCAUGAAGUUUGUCGGCACGAGUCGUACCAAACAGAAGGCCCGACACGAAGCCGCCCGACAGGCCGUCAAUUACUUCGAGAGUGAAUCGUCGGCUCCGAUGUAUUGGCCGCCCGACGGACCCCAACCUUAUGGCGAAUCCGCUUUCGCCGACUCUCCCUAUGAGUCCCGCUUUCGGCAUCGUUUCGAUCACUACCAUAGAUAUCAACCCUAUUAUCGCAAUCAUUCACAACACGACACGCCAUACAGUCGUCCCGUCGAUGAUCACCAGUUGUUUAGUAGACCACCAUUUGACGACUUCCGACAGGACUUUAACGCCCCGCCGGACACUCAGGUGUCCACCUCUGGUGCGGAUACAACAACUGCACCGAAGACAACACCUGUGGACGAGCCCAACACCAGUGCCAAUAAGGGGUCCAAAAAGUAUGACUUUACUGCCGACGAUUGUUCCGAUGAUUUCGUCGAAUUCAACGAUAAUAAAGCCGAAGACGAGUCGAUGGACACGAAGACGGAGAGCGCGCCGACCGAACCACAGGUGGCGACCAAUCGAAACGAACGAAUUAUACUGCGAGUGACGGGAGGAGAUACUUCGGGCAAUCAGAACCCGGUGUCACUCAUACACGAGUUGCAGCCAAACGCCACUUGGGUUUGCACUGAACUACACGCCGGACCCAAAUCGCAUUCAUCCACAUUUGAGAUGAGAUUACUGUUACCGCUGGCCAACCAGUGCUACACCGGUUCGGGCCGUACGAAGAAGUUGGCCAAAGCCGACGCCGCGUCCAAAGCGUUACUACAAAUGUAUAACAUUUCGUUGAGCGUUAACACAGACGCCAAUUCUGGUCAGAUUAAGCACAACAACACUGUCACCAUCGCACAGGAGCCUCUCGUCCUCAAACAGGACAUCGCCGAUAGGAUUGGUCGGCAAGUGAUGACCAAAUGCGGCGAAAUAUGGGAGAAAUUAGUUGAUCUCAAGAAAUGGACAGUACUUUCGGCGAUCGUAUUGACUGACGAGACGAACGCAGAGUUCGUUGAUGUGAUUUGUAUGACGAGUGGCACAAAAUGUGUCAAAGGGGACAGCCUUUCAAUGAACGGCUCGGCGCUCAACGACUGUCACGCGGAAGUGUUGGCCAGACGUGCUUUUGUUUCGUACAUUUAUAAUCAAAUUGAAAGUCUUGUCGAUAAUAGUUACGAAGAUAAACCGGAAUUUAUAAUAGAGAAGCGUCCGGACGGCUAUGGCUUUAGGUUAAAGAAAAAUAUAAAAGUGAAUCUAUUCAUUAGUACCGCGCCGUGCGGUGACUCCCGUGUCUUCAGUCCCAAAGAGGAGACGGAAGGCGAUGCGCAUCCGAAUAGGCAAACCCGCGGACUAUUGAGAGCUAAGAUUGAAGGCGGAGAGGGGACUAUACCUGUGAAGAGAGACGCUAUCCUCACAUGGGAUGGCAUUCUUCAGGGCCACCAAAGGUUGCAAUUCAUGUCGUGUUCCGAUAAGAUUGCCGUUUGGAAUGUCGUCGGAAUACAGGGCGCUCUAUUGAGCCACAUAUUAGAGCCCAUAUAUUUGGAGUCCGUAGUGUUGGCCUCACUGUUCAAUUACGAGCACUUGAUUCGCGCCGUCCACUCGCGACUGAAUCUCAAUUAUGACUCCAACUCUUUGAAAGACAUGCCCACACACUAUGCGCUCAAUAAGUCAAAAGUGGCUAAAUGUCAGCUCAGAGAUGAUAUCACUCGACAGUUAACAAAAGCACCCAAUUAUGCGCUCAAUUGGAUGAAAGGGGACGACACGCCGGAAGUGAUAUCGACCGAAAGCGGUAGACUUCACGGGACGGACACGGGUUCGUCUCGUUUGGCCAAACGGACACUAUUUGGCCGAUUCUGCGCUCUGUUGGGCCGAAACACAUGCACUCUUCCCACGUGUUCUUUGGGAUCAAACAUUCCAGUGAUAUAUAGAGACGGCAAGACCUCCGCCCACGAGUACCAAAGGGCCAAAACCCUAUGCAUGCAGGCGUUUCAGGAGCAAAAUCUGGGUCAAUGGAUACAAGUGCCCACUGAAGUGGAUCUGUUCAGGUUAUAGAUCCAUACCAUGAGAUGUAUUAUAUGAAAGGAUUCAUUUAAAGGCUUAAUUGGUUGCAAUCCAUUAACGAGAUCACAAUUGACUCAAAUAUACUAGUGCCCACUGAAGUGGAUCUGUUCAGGUUAUAGAUCCAUACCAUGAGAUGUAUUAUAUGAAAGGAUUCAUUUAAAGGCUUAAUUGGUUGCAAUCCAUUGAUGUCUUUUGCAAUCACUUCAUAACAUUCGUAAUGUUUUGGGACUCUUGUCCACACAAUUCAACCAAUAAUCAGCAAAUCUAUGAUUGAUUCUCAUUGGAGGUAUCGAAGAGACAAUAUUAUAGAAGUGAACAUUUGUUUCAUUUUUUAGUGAAUUUGUAUAUAAAUUAUAAUCAUUUAAAACAAUGAAUAAUUUGCACCACAUUUAGUAAAUAUUGUUUGUAAUUUUUGGUGUUAAGUGAC